GGAAGGAAAUAUAAAAGGUUCCACGUAAGUGCGAUAUCAGAUCUUGGUUGGGUUUGGUCUUCUUCUUCGAAAUCGAUCGCUAGGGCUUACAAUCAGGAUUCUGCUGCUGGAGACAUCUUUACUUGCGAAUCAUCAGAAAUGCUGUAUACCUUAUGUAAGAAAUCAGAAAUGUCCCGAAUUAAAUACCAUUGACGGAUUUUGGGGCGCUUUGUUUGUGGAUGAUCGAACUCCAUAGUUAAACAUGCUUGGGUUGGAGUAAUUCCAUGAUGGGUAACCUCAUUAAUUGGUUAAAAGACUUGAUUGCUUGUAAGUUAAGCAACAUUAAUGGAAAAUUCCGAAGCAUCAGUUUCCUCAACUGCAACCCGUACAUGGCAUGACUUUUUGGAGCGAAUGCGACAACCUUCCGCUACAGAAUUCGUUAAGCAGAUCAAAAAUUUUAUCGUGUCAUUAUCCAACAAUGCUCCCGAUCCAGAGAGAGACACUGCAUCUGUACAAGAGUUUUUCAGCAAUAUGGAAGCCAGUUUCCGGGCCCAUCCUCUAUGGGCUGGUCGAACCGAAGAAGAAUUAGAUAGUACGGGUGAAGGCCUGGAGAAGUACAUAAUGACAAAAUUAUUCACUCGCGUGUUCGCUACACACCCAGAUGAUAUCAAGACAGACAAUGAAUUCAACAGGAAAUCGGCUUUGAUCCAACAAUUUAUACAUCCUGAUCACUUGGAAAUUCAACCGAUAUAUCGGAACGAAACAUCAUGGUUACAAGCCCAGGAAGAACUUCUGAAAAUCAACACGUAUAAAUCACCACGAGACAAACUGGCGUGCAUCCUUAGCUGUUGUAAGGUUAUUAGUAAUUCGAUGUUUAACGCCUCGGUUUCUAGUAAUGAAAAUCCACCUGGGGCUGACGACUUUUUUCCUGUUUUGAUCUACGUUACGAUUAAAGCAAACCCUCCUCAGUUUCACUCAAAUUUGAUGUAUAUUCAAAGGUACAGAAACAAAUCCCGACUAGUUGGAGAAGCAGCUUAUGUUUUCACCAAUAUGCUCUCUGCAGAAUCGUUUAUUUUGAACAUUGAUGCGAAAGCAUUGUCGAUGAAUGAAACCGAGUUCGUGAAGAAUAUGGAAUCUGCGCAAAUAGUUGUUUCGGGGCUUUCUGGGGACUACAAUGGUGAACAUCUGCAGAGUCAAAGUGGUCAAAGUCAAAGUGUAUCGGAAUCGAAGUUGAAAGAAGUCCCGUCAGUUUCGGAUUUGGAGAAUAAAGGUGCGAGUAUGCUUGUGAUGGACGAAGAAGGAAGUGAAAAGUUUGAGAAUUUUCGGUAUUUGUACUCGAAAGCUGGAGAUUUAACAGUAGGUGAGGUAGAAGAUUUGUUAAACGGUUAUAAGCAACUCGUGUUCAAGUAUGCUUGUCUUGCUAAAGGGAUGGGUGUUCCGGUGGUGCAGCCAGACGCUCCGGGAACCCAAACCAGCGGUGAAACAAGAGAUGAUGGUAAAAAGGAAGGGUCGGGUGUAGCGGAACCACCACCGGAAAUCGUAAUUGGUGGUGAAAUGGUGGAUGCACCGGAAAACGAUGUUCAGGUAGAGGCUGUUAGAGUAGAAGGUGAUCGGAAUGAUGGUGUAGGAGCUUCAGCACAUGAAUCUCCGGUGACCGGAGAAGUUGCUUCUCAAACUGAGGAAAAUGUUGAAAAAUAAAUUGUGUAUUUUUAGAUUUUAUUGUGGAUUAGAUCUUCCAUUUCUAUUUA